AUGCGACAGCAUUCCAUGGCCAAUCCAAAGAAAAUACAAGAGGUAUCUGGUGCACGAGUGCAACGUGCAACUUGCACUCUUUCGUGUAGCAACACAAGGAAUCGGAACAGCUCAAGAUGGAGCUUCGCUAAGAAGGAGACGGAAAUUUCCCUUUUCGACUUAAAGGAUUUCAAUAUUGUCAUCAAAUUUCGAAAUCACAAAGACCUAGCCACAUUCCAUUUCAGAGAAGUAGAAACAGCGGGUCGAGCAUGCCAGAAAGCAGUCGAGGCAGCGAACAACGUGGUUCUUCCCCAAUUGAGAGCUGAUGACGCUGAAAUAGCUCGUCAUGGUUCAUUAUUUAUCGGAUGUGUUGGUGCAUAUUUGAUUGAAAUGAAGCGAUGUGUCAAGUUGGAGAAGACGUUUCCAGCCCCAACGGAACCAUCUGUAACUCGACAGCAAGUGGAACGAGUGGAGACGAUCCUCGACACUCUUGAGAACUUGAUUACUGUACAUUACUCAACCAACGAGCAACCCUGCUUAGACAAGUUACAAGUAACACCGAGGAGGAGGCGAGCGACAUCAUGCCGACCACAAUGUGUUUGUUCUAAACUGAAAACGAGUUACGCGUGA